CUGACGCCUGGCCUGUUCCGUGGUGAAGUGUCGCCUCGUCACCCGGCUGCGUUCGGAUCAGAUUAAGGAUGUGCCGGGCGGUCAUGAUCCAGCUGUGCGCACCGUUUGGCACCACGGCUCCAGCGUGGCGCUUCCUCCUCGCGCGCUGUCAGGAUCCUCGCGGUUCAGUGCAGACACUCCAGUUUUGAAGAGCGCACGGACUCAUGUGUGAGGCAGCUGAUGGGAAAACAGACGGAACAGUUCCAUGCAUGAAACGCGUCAUGGGAUCGCCGUGCUCCUCGUGCUUCUUCUGUGCGCCAGCUUGUUCCUGGUGUACAACGGCAGCUUCUACAGCGCUUCCAGGGAGGCCAAUGAGACCCGCAGCAGACCGAACGAGCAGCUGCGGCGUCCCACCGAAGCCACCACCACUGUGGCCAAGCCUCACCCGCCCGUCCUCCAGGGAUACAGCGGCAUCAUUGACCAUAAGCCUCUCAGGAUGCACUGCAGCACCUGCUCUCUGGUGACCAGCUCAGGUCACCUCAUCGGAGGGGGCCGGGGCGAGGAGAUCGACCGGGCCGAGUGCAUCAUACGCAUGAAUGAUGCGCCCACCGCCAGAGGUUACGCCCGAGAUGUCGGCCGCCGCACCUCCCUGCGCGUCAUCGCUCACUCCAGCAUGCAGCGGGUGCUGCGCAGCCGCCAUGAGCUGCUCAACGCCAGCCAAGACACGGUCUUCAUCUUCUGGGGCCCCAGCAACUACAUGAGGCGUGACGGGAAGGGCCUGGUGUACAACAAUCUGAGGCUGAUGAACCAGGUGCUGCCCAAACUCAAAGUCUACAUCAUCUCCUGGCAGAAGAUGCUGCAGUUUGAUGAACUCUUCAAAAAGGAGACUGGAAAGGACAGGAGGAUAUCGAACUCCUGGCUGAGCACGGGCUGGUUCACCAUGACCAUCGCCCUGGAGCUGUGCGAUAGGAUCAAUGUUUACGGCAUGGUGGCUCCCGACUUCUGCAGGGAGCCUCAGCACCAGUCCGUCCCCUACCACUACUACGAGCCGCGCGGCCCGGACGAGUGCGCCAUGUACAUUUCACACGAGCGCGGGAGGCGCGGCAGCCACCACCGCUUCAUCACCGAGAAGCGAGUGUUUGCCGACUGGGCACGGACGUUUGACAUCCACUUCUAUCAGCCGGAGUGGAGCCCCGCGCCUCUGCCCGCCAACCGCACGCUGGAGGCCGUGGAGCCUGCAGGGCCCCAGAAGACGUGACUGUCUGAGGAACGCUCUGGAGGUCGUGGGCAGUUUGCACUGAGGGGACAGCCAACCCUAAACACACAUUACAGAACAUGGCACAGGGGAGGAAAACCGUCCGGAGGAGAACCGAGGCUUGAUUCUGCUGAGGACUUGCAGCUGCAGACCUGAAAGUGUUUUAUGUGAACCAGUUCAGAGCUUUUGUGUUUGUCAAGUGAGGCCUCACACGCAGAGGAAACCUUCUCAAAGCAUGCCAGGGCGCUGCUGUGGACCCUGCAGCUCUUUGUGCAUACAUGAGUUCACCAGAGGGAUCACACACGUUUGGUCUCUCCAUGAGCUUUCCGAUGGAUGACGGAUCCAAGCAGGAAUCACGAAGAGAAAUAUUGUUUUAAAUUUAGCUCAGUAAGUAAGUCGAAACACACUGCAGUGCUGUCACUCAAAUCUGACUGUUCAAAAGUAAAAUGUCUGUCUUCAGGGUUGUUUUUUUUUUUUUUUUUUGCAGUUUGAGAUAAGGUUAGAAGAGAUUCAAUCCACCCGUUUCCCCGCAACCAAACUUCAAUCCACUUCAAAGCAUUUGCAUAAAUUCUAUCCUUUACUUUCAUUUAUUCUGUCUUUGAGAUGUGUGCGCUGUGAGUUCAUGCAAGUCAGGCUUUGCACUGCAGAGCAUCCUGGAUGAUUGACAAGUGUGUAGCAGUCCAUGGGAGGUUUCACGGCGUGUGCACUUCUCUCAGUGCCCUAUGUGUGUCAUAAGACUUUUGUUGGCUCCUGCAAGCGGUUAAUAGAGCGAUUUAUUUAACUACAAGCUGGAUUUCCGUGUAAAAGCACAGCCGUGUCACACAAGACAAGUGGGAGAUGAAGAUUGAGAGCGCCGGAGCUGCCGCUGCAUCCAUUCUGCCGUGUUCAUCUACAGCUGCUUCUCUGUGGCUGAAUCAGCGCGCAGAAGUGCAGGUUUGUAUUUUUUGAGACGGAUGAGAACGUGUCGCUUUCUCCCUCUGGACCAUAAUUGAUGUGGACUCCUCCUCUGGUGUCAGUCAAGAAAAACUAAUGAGACAAACCGUUAUCUUAAUGAUACAUGCUGAUGUCAAGUCCUUAUCCGUUUCUGCCCGCUUCCUUAAAAGCAGAAGUGAUAUGACAGGUGCUGUGGGUUAGAUAUGUGGGUGCUUGCACCAUGACAGCCGGCUUUCCAUCUCCUAUAUGUGGCAAAGACGUUUUUAUUUUCCAGAAGUGACAGCAUUCAGUGUGCAUGACAGGCUGCUGCAACCGACUGUUGCAGAAACUCUAAAAAGGUCAUUCGAAUUUGAAAAAAAUGUAAAAGGUGAGUAAAAACUUGCAUGGUGCAGAUUUUUUUUUCAGCCUUACAUACCCUAUAUCCACUUUUUUUGGCCAAAAGUAUUCACCCACCUAAUCCAGGUGUUUAAAUCACUUCAAUUGGUCAUAUUUGUGUAAAAUAACACGUACACAUGCAGGCUGCUUCUUCGCUGUUUGAGAAAGAACAAAGACUCUCUAGGAGGAGACUGACAGCUUCAGCGUGGACUGAAUCCACUGUCAGAAACACUUUUUGCAUUUGUUUUUCUCCUGGACGUGUGUGACUUUGAUUCCUAUGGAGAAAAACACCGACGUGGACUUCCUGUUCAUACAAAAACAAUGAAGAAACUGUUGUAAACUGUGACUCGCUUUUAUCCUUUGCUGACAGCAGAAACCAUUUUUCCUGAUAAUUCCUGCUCGUUCCAUCCACUAAUGGCAUGAGGUUGUGUCAUGCUAAAAUAAUCGUGGACAACAGGCUGAGCUGCAAGGCCCCGUCAUUCUUCCCAGGAGCUGCAAAUAUAUUCCAAAUGGAGAGCUGGGACAUUUGCUUCUCUUCUUUUGCAGCCGUGGCACUGAAACGUGUUUCUGGCUGAAGGUUAGGCACAUAGAUCAAGGUGACAAAAGGAAAUCAAGAACACCGGAGGCACACCUCACCUCCAUUACAGGGCAGAGGAGUCCUCAGCUGAUCCAUACAACGCCUUUCAUUUGAAUCAAGACAGAUUCAUGCCUCGUCACAAGACUGAAAAUACGGUUAAACUUUAAGAAAAAAUGUUCUCUCCACUAUGUUCCAUAUAAAAAGCUAAAGUGGUAUCUGUGAUUUCUGUCAUUAUUACAAACGCUUGUUGCUCAGUGAUUUGUUUGGGAUUUCAGAAGCAUCUCAGCUUAUUUAACAAAUAUGACUUUACAAUUUAAUUCACUAAACAGAAUUCUACCUAUUGCUAAGUGUAUAAAAUCCCUACUUAAAAAUUAAAUGAAAAAUACUUUGAAAAAGAAAAACCCUAAGCUAGCCCCCAAAGGGAGAUUUGAAUGUAUAUUUUCUAUUAAACCUAUUUGUAUAUUAAAAUAUUAGAGGAAGCUGAAGUAACUUGACCUAUAUUAAUUGAAGGGACAACUUGAAUGAAAGGGUUAAACCGUGCUAGAAGAAAAAAAGGGGGACAACACUUUCCACGUGUCUCAUUGGGAUGUGAACAGAUUUAAACACCGUUUAGAAACUGGAUGGAAAGGAUCCGUAUCAUCUGUGCAGUGUGUUUAGAGAUGGCAUGUCCAAAGUCCUGCGCGUGGGACAAACGCAGCCAAUGUUCAAAGCCCUCAUGCUUCCGUCAUAAAAUCAAUAACAUGCGCCCCCCCAGUACUUUCUAAAAGCUGUGACUAUCGUUUCUUUAUUGUGUUUGUCCACUAGGCCGUGUCCGUUGUCUAUUCUGCUGAAAAUGAUUAAAAUGGUUCAAAGAGUGCCCUCAUCCAUUUUUACCUCAUAGAAUUAGCAAAAAGUCUGACUCCCCCUGGCUCACAGCAACACGUUGGAAGAAGGAACUUCCAAGAGCUUUCACACUUACCUUUUGCUAUUGGAAGGAACAAACCCUGACAUGAACCAAACCUGCCAUGUGAAUGCGCCCUAACUUAGUUCAUGUGCCCAUUAGGAGACUGUCUGGUCUUUUUGGCCAUUUUUUUUCCCUACAAAUUCCCUCAACCGAUCUUUAGAGUGUUGCGGUCAAAGCUCCUAUUGAUUGCAGCAUCAUACCUGGGUUGCAAGUAAACCGAGCACAGCUGUUUUGGGUCACAGACGCUCACACCACAGGAGCAUGUUUCACAUUACACUUAAUCACCAGAGACAGGGACACGAGUUUCCCUCAUAUACUGCAGCAGCAGGGUUUGACCUGCUCCUGACUUCAUCCUCCAGAAGAGGUGAGUCGAUAAGCUCUUUCUUUUUUAAGUUGACCCAAGUAAGGAAGGUUUGGCCUCAUUUGAAUAAAAGGAAUCACAUUUGUAUUUGCAUUCUGAGGGGUAAGGUAGCACUAAAGUUCAGGGAUUAUGUUGCAUCCCAGAUCUGAAGGGGCUGUGGGAUAGAACAUCAUGAAUCCACAGUCAGCUGUUAAACAAGGAAGAAAACCAUCAUUUGCACAGAUAAUCCAGUGAACCCGGUACAUUUACAUAAAUUAUACUGCAGAAAACGGAAACUUUACAGUCACCUUGGCAGAACCCGGGUAAAGUGUAUCAUACCAUGGUCCAGGUGAAUACUCAAUUCUGAUUGGCUGCUGGCUGUGGAUAAAAAAGUGAUUAUUUACACUUAAAAAUAAAGAGGAAUUUCGUAACCUGAAUCUUCUGUAUCACUGCUCUGGCUUCUGUCAAACAACCUUUAGCUUCAUCAUCUGGACAAAAACAAGCGGUAAGAGGUGAACUUUCUCUCUGAACUGAUGCUUUAUCAUGACCAGCUGCCAACGCUGGCUGGCCGGCAGACGGCAGAGCGGUGGCAGCAGGGAAGUGGGGAUCCCUCCUUCUUUUUUUUGUUCCAUCAUUCUCUUAUUAUCUCUGUUUACAUUUUUUUUUUAAUGAACAUGGACGUUUUCCCACCUGAUGUGAAGGAUGUCUGCUGCUCAUUUUUGCAGCACUUCCGGGUCCGGAGCAUUGAUUAGUCGACCAGCUGUUAUCGCCUGGCAACCAAACACGCGUCAGAACAUCACUGUUAUUAUUUUAUUCAACAGAGUUAAGGUAUCAGGAUACUUUCCCAGCCAGAGCAUCAAUAAUAUUCUAAAGGCUUCGAUCCUGUUUUAGCUUCAUAAAUGAGACUCAAAGCACAUGCUCACUCAGUUGAAUCCAUGUUUCUGGAGUCGAUGUGUGAUGUGUGCCUGUGACCCCUGGAUGAAUUUUAGACAUUGAGUUAACAUGGUCCGUAUUUAAGACAAAGACAAAUUGUCUUGUCUUUUUUUUUUAUUUUGCCAAGAGUAGUAAUUUAAGCACAAUUUUGUUUUUUUGCUUACGUUUCUUAUUGACAGUUAUCUUACCCCAUUUGUAACAAGUGGAUGCAAAACACAUCCAUGCAAAGAAAAGUCAUUCUGCUUGCAAAUACUAACUUUGAACUUGUUUCUGGUAGAAAACAGUCCAUGUUCAGGUUAUGAAUAGGAAGUUUGAAAGGGUGUGCACGUACAUUUACAUGGUCUCAGAGGGUUCAGAGCUAACUAUGGUUACUCUAUUGAUUAUUAGCAUGAUUAUCGAUGACAAACACAACAGCCACAGAAAUGAGCUGCUGGAAGCAUUCAGCCAUCCGUUGUUUCCACUGGGAUGUGUUUUGGUUCCGGGCUCUCAGUACCUGUUUUUUGUUGUGUUUGUCUGGAGUAGACUCUGCCCUGGAGUCAGACUCUGUGGUGGUUCAUGGACCUGUGUUUGCUGCAAAUCAGAGUAAAGCUGCAGAACUCCAUUCUCCUCUCGUUUGUGUCUUUCUGCACACUGGCUCUCUGUGUUAGCCGAAGCUAACAAUAAACCCUCCAGUUUCCCUUCAGACCUGAGGCUGUGGCCCAACCAAAUAACACAUUAAUAGAACACGUCGUUACACUGGACACCAACAUCUUCACUUAUUUUCUCGUUUGUUUUCAUAAUCCUGUUUUUUUUUUCCUUCUUCUUCUUCUUCUCACAACGGUGCCAGGAAAAUACCAUCCCCGAUGAUCCAGCUGAUCUUCUUUUUAUUUGUAGUGUCUCUUUUGUUGCAACAUUUUUUUUCAGCAGUUUAUUUUAUUUGCAGCAGCGUUUCAUUUUUUUGUUUGCCCAGUUACAUUCUUUUUUUGCAGCGAUGGCCUAACAAUAACCCACAGCAACAGAAACUUUAAUAACAUCAAUUGGUUUAUUAUAGUUGAGUCAGAAGUUUUUAGUUUUUCUUUUUAUCUACAAGAUCCAUUAUCUUAAAGAAAAUGUGUCAAUGUUAGAGGAUGUUGACAUUUAACAUUGACAUGUUGACAGUUUAUAUUCAUGGAAAUAUAUAAGAUUGAUUUUCUAUUUAUAAUCACACCUUGUCGUUCAUAAUUAUGUUAUUUGUUUCUUUUAUUUUAUAUGUUAUAUAUACAUAGGAAGAACGAGUUAGCCCUUCAUACAUUUAUUUAAAUACAUUCUCUGAAAAACUGCCAGUAUUGAACGGAAAAUUGCUUUUUAUUCAAAAAGCUUAAAGAAAAAAAAACAUCUUUUAAUUCAAAUGGAGAGAUGUGAUGAUUGCAGCUCUGCUAGUCGCUGAGUUUUUCCAACAUUUAAUUUUUUAUCCACUCAUUUAAAAGAAAGGUCACUGCUUGUUUAGACUGAACUGUUUUAAGGAUUGUUAGGAACCAAGGAGAAAGGCCGGAGGACAUGGGGGUAUUUAUUCAAAACUAAAGUGGCUUUUAUUUACCUCCCAAAAUGCAAAUAGAAGCACAACUGAAGGUAAAAACCAAAAUAAAAUAAAAAGAUAAAUAGACCAAAACAACAUAACUGGACUGAAAAUAGGAACAAACGAAGAAACUAACUGACCGAACACACACAUAUAGAAACACAAAAGGUUUAUUUAGGGUCUGAUCCCCUAAAUAAAUGACAAAGCAAGCCUCCCCCGGUCUCUAAAUGACAGCUCAUAGUGUUGUAAUGUGCACAUUCCACCCAACAUAUGAUUAAAUACAAGAAGUACAUGUUCUAAACCAAGGCUGUGUUGAUUAAUGUUAUUAAAAUGAAUUAUUGAAACGUUUGAUGGUGGGAUCCGUCACUAUAAGCAAUCUGUAAAUAUGAGUGUUUGGUUGAAUUCCUCUUCAGCCUGAACUUCUUAAUAAAAUCGUUUCUGUUGGACAAACA